ACGACCUGAAGGGCAUCGGUCGACCACAGGUACUCACCAUGUCCGGCGGCGACACGGCACCGCGCGUCGUAGAGGACUUGUUCGGCAUCGUCCAGAUCCUGAGCGACGGCACCGUCGUCCGCGGCGACGAGCCCGUCCUCCAGCCAAAGGAGGCGUACCCCGACGUCCCAGGCGUGCAGUGGAAAGACGUGGUGUACCACGCGGUGCGCGGCCUGAGGGUCCGCGUGUACAGGCCGGCGCCGCUGGCCGGCAGCGGCAGCAGCAAGCUCCCGGUGCUGGUGUACUUCCACGGCGGCGGCUACUGCAUGGGCUCGUUCACUCAGCCCUACUUCCACUCCUUCUGCCUCCGCGCCGCCCAAGAGCUUCCCGCCGUUGUGCUCUCCGUCCAGUACCGCCUCGCCCCGGAACACCGCCUCCCCGCCGCCAUCCAUGACGGCGCGGAUUUCCUCUCGUGGCUGCGCGGCCAGACCGAGCUCGGAGCUGGCGCCGGCGCCGACCCGUGGCUGGCGGAGUCGGCCGACUUCGCGCGGACGUUCGUCUCCGGCGUAUCGGCCGGCGCCAACCUGGCGCACCACGUCACCGUCCAGGUCGCGUCCGGGCAGCUCGCGGUCAGCCCGGUGCGCGUCGUCGGAUACGUCCUCCUCUCCGCGUUCUUCGGCGGCGCCGAGCGCACCGCGGCCGAGACCGACCCGCCGGCGGACGUGUCCCUGACGGUGGAGAUGUCCGACCAGUUCUGGCACAUGUCGCUGCCGGUGGGGGCGAAAAGGGACCACCCGGUGGCCAACCCGUUCGGCCCGGAGAGCCCCAGCCUCGCGCCGGUGGACCUCCCGCCGGCGCUAGUCGUGGCGCCUGGCAGCGACGUGCUCCGCGACCACGUGCACGGGUACGCGGCGAGGCUGAAGAAGCUGGGGAAGGCCGUGGAGGUCGCCGAGUUCGAGGGAGAGCAGCACAGCUUCUCCGUCCUCCGGCCGUUCGGCCAGGCGGCCGAUGAGCUGCUGCGAGUGCUCAGGCGGUUCACACGGCGACCGAGCGGUGAUGCGUCGUGA